CUUCACUCCCUUGGCCGGCAACAUAAUAUUCAGAAAAUGAAAUCUAAUUUUCUUAUUGAUUUUAUCCUUGCUAGCUACAACUGACAUAGUUAACAAUGUUUGUCCUUGUACUUGGCGUAGAUAAGCCUUGUAUAUAUGAUAUGUUGAUCAUAGUUCACACACAUUUUGCCUCAGCCUCACAGCAUUAGUUCUGCUUCUGCAUUAACAAGUUUAUCAAAUUUACAGAAAAUGUCAGGAGAGCAAAUCUUGUCAUCCAAUGAAGAAUAUAAUAAAUCUCAGCCUCCAUUUGGUACCAAGAGUGGUUACGAUUCAAGAACAGGCAUCUAUCACUCUCUAAUUAAGCUUGUCACCAAGCAUGAAAUCCCAACAAGGCCUGAUCUUAACACUGCCAAUUUUGUGCUGUCACAGUUCCCACAGACACACCUUGCUGAGGCAAGAAUUGCAUUCAUUGAUUCAGGUACUAGUAGGAGUGUAAGCUAUGGUGAGCUAAAAAGGUCUAUUUACUCCCUUGCAUCAGCUUUGUUCCAUGGACUUGAGAUUAGGAAAGGUGAUGUUGUAUUUGUAUUGUCACCAAACUCAACCUUGUACUCAGCCAUAUGCCUAGCUGUUUUAUCAGUUGGAGCCGUUCUUACCACUGCCAACCCCAUCAACACUGCAACAGAAAUUGCGAAGCAAGUGCAUGAUUCGGGUGCUAAACUAGCCAUCUCAGCACCUGAGGAGCUACACAAAUUGGUCCCAACUGGGGUUCCUACAAUUCUCACUUCUCGUCCUUCUGAUGGCAACAUGUUAUCAGUUGAAGAGUUAAUAGAAGGCUGUUGUACUUCACCAGAGUUGCCUCAAGUUCCUGUGGCACAAUCAGACACUGCUGCUAUACUUUACUCUUCAGGAACCACAGGGGUAAGCAAAGGUGUGGUUCUGACACAUGCAAAUCUCAUUUCCAUAAUGAGACUACUCUUUUGGUCUGCUGAUGUAAGUGGAUCCCAAGAUGAUGUUUUCUUGGCCUUCAUUCCAAUGUUUCACAUCUAUGGACUUGUGUUCUUUGGAUUAGGAUUGUUGUGUGUUGGUGUCACGACAAUUUUGAUGCAGAAAUAUGACUUCCAAGGCAUGCUUGAUGCAAUCCAGAAGCACAAGGUUAACAACAUAGCAGCAGUGCCACCAGUGAUCCUUGCACUAGUAAAACAAGCAAAGAAAACUAGGUGUGACUUGUCCAGCCUAAGAAGGGUGGGGUCAGGUGCUGCACCUUUGAGCAAGGAAGUGGCACAAGAGUUUAGAAGGAUGUUUCCUUGGGUUGAACUAAGGCAAGGUUAUGGCCUAACAGAAAGUAGUGGUGGAGCAACAUUUUUUCCCUCGGAUAAAGAUGCUAAAGCUCAUCCAGAUUCAUGUGGGAAGCUGAUUCCAACUUUUUGUGCAAAAGUUGUAGACAUCGAAACGGGGAAGCCUUUGCCUCCUCAUAAAGAGGGAGAAUUAUGGUUCAAAAGUCCUACUAUUAUGAAAGGAUAUCUAGGAAAUUUGGAGGCAACAAGUGCAACUAUUGAUUCAGAAGGUUGGUUGAAGACUGGUGAUCUUGGUUACAUUGAUGAGAAGGGAUUUGUUUAUAUAGUUGAACGAAUAAAGGAGCUAAUCAAGCACAAUGGUUAUCAGGUGGCUCCUGCAGAACUGGAAUCUGUGCUGCUAAGUCAUCCCCUUAUAGUUGAUGCAGCAGUUAUACCGGUUGAAGAUGAAGAAACUGGACAGAUACCAAUGGCAUAUGUGGUGAGAGCAGCUGGUUCUGAACUCUCAGAAAACCAAGUCAUUCAAUUUGUUGCAGGCCAGGUUGCUCCAUAUAAGAAAGUGAGAAAGGUGAGUUUCAUUGUCACUAUUCCAAAGUCAGCUGCUGGCAAGAUAUUGCGGAAGGAUCUUGUUUCUCAAAGCAAAUAUCAACUUGUCUCCAAGUUAUGACUAACAUGUAUAAAUGUUAGUAUUCCAGAAUGUUUUACUUGGGUCUAAGAUAUCCGAUUUUUAGCCAUAGAUUUACUUAUGCGGGCAAAGGGUAUCAAUUUUCCAAUGGAUAUUUAAUGUUUGUAAAACUAGCAUAAUUGGAUUUGACCAAAGGAAGAGAAGAACACUGUGAAAUCAGAACUCAACUGGGAGACUCAAAAUAAUUACGUAAAUGCUUUAAUAAAGAAUAUUGCCCUUCGUUGUUUUGAUCUUAUUGUGAGUUUGUGAAUUCUGUAUCUGUUUCCUUUUGAGGCUUUGGUUGCAUGUGGCACUACCAUUUGUAUUAGCGUUAAAAAGUUUGUAUAUAUUGUGCAGAGACUUUCAUUGUAUAAA